GUUACCGAGAGCCUAGAAGUUCAUCCUGCCCUCUCCACGCGACACCUCGCACAUACUCGCUGCACCUAUUUCGCGCCCUCAUCUGCCUUCAUCUGCGCCCCCGGACUCGGUUUGCCCAGUCUCACUCAUCCUCGCCGCAUCUUUGUUCGCCACUCCGCCUGCCAAUUCCAACCCCGCCCCGCCAGCGAGUUUUCAACCUUUAUGCGCCAUCAAUAGCCCGGACACGCCUCAUACAACCACCGCCGCCCUCCUGCCACCUUUGCACUUCCUAACCCCAUAGACCGCCAUGGGUCAAACUCUGUCUGAGCCCGUCGUCGAUAAGAAAUCCGACCACGGCCAGGAUGAUCGCGUCUUCUUCGGAGUUUCUUCAAUGCAGGGAUGGCGCAUCUCCAUGGAAGAUGCGCACGCCUGCGUACUUGACCUCAAGCCCGAGGGUGCCGACUCCGAGGACAGCAAGCCCACCGCCGCCGACCUCCGGCUGAGCUUCUUCGGCGUCUACGACGGCCAUGGAGGCGACAAGGUAGCGAUCUACACGGGCGAGAACUUGCACAAGAUCAUCGCGAAGCAAGACGCCUUCAAGGAAGGGAACAUUGAGCAGGCUCUGAAGGACGGCUUCCUCGCCACCGACCGCGCGAUCCUCAGCGACCCCAAGUACGAGGAAGAAGUCUCUGGCUGCACGGCUUCCGUCGGCGUCAUCUCCAAUGACAAGAUCUUCGUCGCCAACGCCGGUGAUUCCAGGAGCGUCCUCGGAAUCAAGGGCAGGGCGAAGCCGCUGUCCUUUGACCACAAGCCCCAGAACGAAGGCGAGAAGGCAAGAAUUACCGCGGCCGGCGGUUUCGUUGACUUUGGUCGCGUGAAUGGCAACCUUGCGCUCUCUCGCGCCAUUGGCGAUUUCGAGUUCAAGAAGAGCGCCGAUCUGCCCCCAGAGCAACAAAUCGUCACUGCCUUCCCCGACGUCACUGUCCACGACAUGUCCGACGAUGAUGAGUUCCUCGUCAUUGCUUGCGACGGCAUCUGGGAUUGCCAGUCUUCGCAGGCAGUCAUUGAGUUCGUCAGGCGCGGUAUUGCUGCGAAGCAGGAGCUUCAGGACAUCUGCGAGAACAUGAUGGACAACUGCCUUGCUUCCAACAGCGACACCGGCGGUGUCGGCUGUGACAACAUGACCAUUGCUAUCAUUGGACUGCUGAAGGGCAGGUCGAAGGAGGAAUGGUACAACACGAUCGCUGAGAGGGUCGCAAAUGGCGAUGGGCCGUGUGCGCCGCCAGAGUACGCAGAGUUCAGGGGUCCGGGCAUUCACCACAGGUAUGAUGACAGCCCGGAGGACUAUGACAUGGACAUGAGCCACGGCUCCAGGCUUGGACAGGGCAGCGGAGGGCGCAUCAUUCUGCUCGGCGACGGUACGGAGAUUUCCAGCGAUUCCCGUGAGAGCGAGAUGUUUGACCAUGAUGAAGAGGACAAAGACCUCGAGUCUCAAGUCAACAAGAGCCAGCGGGAAGAGACGCCCGCGCCCACGGCUCCCUCUGACGCCGGCACGCCCGCGUCAGACAAGACGGAGAAAUCGGAAACGGCGGGCACUCCUGCAGAGCCCAAGAUGAAGGCUGCCUCGGACGGGCCGGUCAGCUCGAAAUAG